AUGGCCAUGAGCGCGGCCACCGCCGCCACGCUCCUCCCGAGGUCCAGCACCGGCACGCCUCGCCUCGCCUCCACCUACCCCUCCUCGUCGGCAGCUCACGGGAGGAGCCGCCUCCUCCCCAUCAGAUGCCAGUCGCCCGGAGUUGACAAAACCACCAAGCCUAAGAGGAACUUGUUUGACAACGCCAGCAACCUUCUCACCAAUUUGCUCGCUGGCGGCAACCUCAAGAAUAUGCCGGUUGCCGAAGGUGCUGUCACUGACCUGUUCGACCGGCCCCUUUUCUAUUCGCUCUAUGAUUGGUUCCUCGAGCACGGUUCCGUCUACAAACUUGCUUUUGGACCCAAAUCAUUUGUUGUCGUCUCUGAUCCAAUUGUUGCUAGAUACAUCCUACGAGAAAAUGCUUUCUCUUAUGAUAAGGGAGUUCUCGCUGAAAUUCUAGAACCAAUAAUGGGGAAGGGUCUUAUACCUGCUGACCUUGAUACCUGGAAGCAAAGGAGAAAAGUUAUAACUCCUGGGUUCCAUGCCUUAUUCAUAGAAGCUAUGGUGAGAGUAUUUACCAAAUGUUCAGAGAGAACCAUAUUGAAACUUGAAGCACUUAUUGAAAAGGGAGACCAUGGUGACAAAUCUACCACAGUGAACCUUGAAGAGGAAUUCUCCAAUUUGGCUCUCGACAUAAUUGGCUUGGGAGUGUUCAAUUUUGAUUUUGACUCUGUUAAUAAGGAAUCUCCUGUAAUCAAGGCAGUAUAUGGUACUCUUUUUGAAGCUGAGCAUCGAUCCACCUUUUACAUCCCUUACUGGAAUCUUCCUUUAACUCAAUGGAUAGUGCCAAGACAGCGGAAGUUCCGCAGUGACCUCAAGGUUAUCAAUGAUUGCCUUGAUGAUCUUAUUAAAAAUGCAAAAGAAACAAGACAGGAAGCUGAUGUGGAAAAACUCCAGCAGAGAGACUACUCAUCAUUGAAGGAUGCCAGCUUACUGAGGUUCCUUGUUGACAUGCGGGGAGCUGAUGUUGACGACCGCCAGCUUCGAGAUGAUCUUAUGACAAUGCUUAUCGCCGGACAUGAAACAACUGCGGCUGUUCUGACAUGGUCUAUUUUUCUACUGGCCCAGAAUCCCACGAAGAUGAGAAAAGCCCAGGCAGAGAUUGAUUCUGUACUGAUCGAUGGGGUAAUCACUGCAGAAAAGCUCAAGAAAUUGGAGUACAUAAGAUUAAUCAUUGUUGAAGCUCUUCGCUUGUAUCCUCAACCCCCAUUGUUAAUCAGGCGUUCUCUCUGGCCUGAUAAAUUGCCAGGUGGGUACAACGGAGCGAAAGAGGGAUACGAAAUACCAGCAGGAACCGAUAUAUUUCUUUCGAUAUACAAUCUCCAUAGGUCCCCGUACUUUUGGGAUAGGCCAAAUGAGUUUGAACCAGAGAGGUUUACAGUCCCAAAGAAGGAUGAGAACAUAGAAGGGUGGGCUGGGUUUGAUCCUGACAGGAGUCCUGGCGCGAUGUAUCCGAACGAGAUUAUAGCAGACUUUGCUUUCCUCCCCUUCGGCGGAGGACCACGCAAAUGCGUGGGAGACCAAUUCGCGCUCCUGGAGUCAACAGUGGCCUUGGCCCUGCUAUUGCAAAAGUUUGACGUGGAGCUGCGAGGCUCGCCCGAUGAAGUAGAGAUGGUGACAGGCGCGACGAUUCACACAAAGAACGGGUUGUGGUGCAGGCUGAGGAAAAGGAGUUGA